AUGAUAAAAAAAAAAUGGGUCCCCAACGAAAGGGUCAUGAGACCCAUCGUGAGCAGAGAAUACGUGAGUCCAUGUAACAUUAAAAAUGUAAAAGAGUUGAAAGAAGAAUUAAAGGGUAAAAUAUACACAAAUAUAUAUACCUUCAAUUCAUUAUGCGAUGGCAUAUACGUUAGUAGAGGGAUGUAUGCAAUUACGGGCAGGAGAAACUGCGGGAAAAGUAUCCUGUGUGCACACAUUUGUGUGAAUCUUUUUUUUAACGACGUGUUGCAUUACUUCCACCUGUUUUACUCUACCUUUUUCGACUUUGUACAAUUUUUGGAAGAAAAAAAUGUGGAAAAUAAAUUUUGCUUACGGACAGCUACUAACCUGCGCCAAGUGUGUACAGAAUUCGCCCUUGGGAACAAAAACUUCGCCGACGUUAAGGAGCUCGUGAGGUACUUCUCCACGCAGUUCGUUCAGUUAGAAGCGGGGGGGGACCAUGCUAACUGCGACAACGCUCACCGCACGCAUGCUCACCGCGACAGUGGCAGGGAAGAUGGGACAGACGGCCAAUUUGGCGCAUUUGACGAACGUGAUGAAUUGGGCCCGAAGGAACAGUGGCGCCAGCGCUUCUCCAAACGCAGGGCCAUCUACGUCGACCUCGACAACAGCUUCUACAUCGAGAGGUACAAAAACAUGAUCCGCGCCUCACUCGAAAAAAUAAAAAAGCUAAUGAAAACAUACAAAGAAUUCUGUUCUGAAAAAAAAUGCGCCCUGUUCCUGCUACUACUAGAGGGGGACAAAGAAAUGAAGACCUUACUCUCCCCGCUACGAAAAAAGUAUAGCGCAUCGUUUGACCCCCUCAUAAAAAAUUUUAAUCACCACUUGGACCAGUACAUCCAUCGCAUCACAUUCUCAGAUGUGUACAAAAAUUUCCAACUCUUAAAAGUAUUUAAUUUUGGCGAACUCAUUAACGUUGUUAAUUUUAUUAGCAGCGAGUUGCAAAAGUAUGAACAGCCAUGCAGCAAACAUUUCAGUAGGUAUGUGCCUUCCGACUUAGGAGUACUUGUGGUAGACAACUUAAAUUACCUGCACAGGGGGGGAGGACCCCAUGGGAAAAAUACAUGGGACAAUGAACUAAACCAGCUUUUAAAAACCCUGUCCAAAUUGUCGACUGAAAAUAAAGUGUGUGUCCUCCUCACCCACAAUGAUAAUAAAUACUUUAAAAAAAAAGAAGAACAAAUUUUGCAGCUCUACUCCAAAUAUGUGUACAACCAUGUGCUCGUUAAAUUCAUCAACCAAAAAAAACUUUCUGAAUUUUCCUUUCCUGCCAAGGGGGAAAGCAAAGCGGGACGUGCACACGGGAAAGGCAGCCGCAAAGGGAGCGUCAUGAAGGAUGAAAACAGUAACCGGAAGAGCGGCAUGGACGUGAACGCAAACUGCUCGUCGAGCGAACAGAGCUUUAAUGAUGUCUCGGGUAAUGCCCACGCGGCGGGCGCGGGGUCUGCUGAUGGGGACGAUGUGGGCCAUGUGGGCGAUGCUCAGCGUAGCGAUCCUGGCGAUUGUACUGAGCAGAGCGAUGAGGAUGAAGACACCAAGGAUGCUUUUUACAAAAAACGAUACAACCUCAGGUACAUAAAAAUAAAAAGGGAGAAACGAAAACCCGAGUUAUGCUUCUUCGAAAUCAACCAAUUUGGGAUCGAGACAAUGCUGGUCUGA